CUGAAAGAUGUCAGCCGAUAUUGAUCACCAGGUGACAUAAAUUUUUCGGCCUAUUUUGAUAAACAAAUUUCAAAACUUCAACACAUUUACGAGGAAUCUUCAUGCGGGUGGCAGUGAAUUGAAUUUGCUGCUGAAAGUUUUGAUACGCGUAAAAUCAACCGAACAUGGCCCAAACAUUUGCCGAAGACCAGUACGGCAAGAAGAUCGAUCGUUGCCUCACCGAUGCGCUAGUCAAGUUCGGUGGCGGUCUUGCCUUGGGAGGUGUAUUCUCGCUGCUGUUCUUCAAACGGAGAGCCUGGCCGAUCAUCAUGGGCUCGGGUUUCGGCAUCGGAAUGGCAUACACAAAUUGCGAGCGCUCGUUGAAUAGCAAGUGAGAGAAUGCUGGUUAACUAAAUAAAUUACAUCUGUAAUGCACUGUGCUUAAAGAAUGUGA